AUGGAACUGGUCACAGGUGGAGAACUAUUUGAUCGAAUAGUCGCUAAAGGGUCCUACACAGAAAAAGACGCGAGCCAUUUAAUACGACAGGUGCUGCACGCUGUCUCGUUCAUGCACGGGAAUGGUGUCGUUCAUCGAGAUCUCAAGCCAGAAAACCUCUUGUACUUCAAUCAAGACGAGGACUCAAAAAUCAUGGUGUCAGACUUUGGCCUCUCAAAAACCGAAGAUUCCGGCGUAAUGGCAACCGCCUGCGGAACUCCGGGGUAA